AGAACUAUUUAGGUGCACUGGAUGGAACAUAUAUUAAGUUAAAUGUUGCAGAGCACGACAAACCCAAAUAUAGAACAAGAAAAGGUGAUUUGGCCACAAAUGUAUUGGGAGUUUGCUCUCAAGAUUUAGAUUUUAUUUACAUACUACCUGGUUGGGAAGGGUCCGCUGCUGAUGCAAGGGUUUUAAGAAGUGCAAUUUCCAGAUCCAAUGGUUUUCUAGUUCCUCAAGGUUACUACUAUCUUUGUGAUGCUGGAUACAGUAAUGCGGAUGGUUUAUUGGCUCCGUAUAGAGGCCAGCGCUACCACUUAAAAGAAUGGAGUCAAAACAAUCAACCUAGAACAAAAGAGGAAAGGUUUAACUACAAACAUUCUAGCGCAUGUAACGUCAUUGAGAGAUCAUUCGGGUUACUUAAAAUGAGAUGGGUGAUUCUUCGUGAAAGAUCUUGGUAUCCUAUCAAGACACAUUGUAGAGUGAUAACGGCUUGUGCUUUACUGCACAAUCAUAUAAGAAGGGAGAUGCGAAGGGACCCACUUGAGGAUACGGUGCCCGAGGAUUAUGUUGAUCCUGAUACGUUGUUAAAUGUCUCAAACAUACAGAAUAU